AUUUACUUCAUUCAAGUGGCAGUUGUCAUGGCGGCAGUGCGUUCUUUACGGACUAGUGGUGUUUUUCUAUUAUUAUUUUUAUUGAAUAUAGCGAACGCAUCGUCCGGACCAUGGAUAUUUUCGGUGGACGUAAAUGAAAAAGCGUGUUCCGAGUUAAAAUGUGUUUACAAUUUGAAUGUGAACGGGUUAGAUUUCGAUGUGUGGUCGUUAACCGAGGUGCCGGCGGCUCGUGGUGGGGACUGCGAGGGCCGUUUUCUCGAAGAAAAGUCUACUAAAAACGUCGAAUUGAUCGUACCUGUUGCGAAAAAGUUGUUCUUCUGUGCAAAAGGGCCUGAUGGAGUGUGGUAUAACCAAGGAGAGAGCUUAUUUUUGGAAGCCAAUGACGUCAUCGGGGCGAACGCACAAUAUGAACCAUCAGAAAUCGAAAGCGAUGAAGACAAUGAAGUCGACAUUGACGACGUUGAUAAAAAGCUGACAGACGCUAAACUGGAAGUAUUCGACGAUGUCAAAUAUUUAGAUGAUUUGGAAGUAAACAAAGAUGGUGUUGAACAAAGCGAUCUCAUUAUAGAAACAUUCUCAUAUCCAACAAAUCCAGAUAAAGUUAGAAUUAAACGUCAAAUAAACGACACUGAUAAUGCAACUGAAAAUUUAGAAAAGGUUACUGUUGCAUCAGAUACUAAUGUGUCAGAAAAUAGUCUAGGAGCUAAAGUCUCAGUUACCAAUGGUAAUAUAAAGGUGAUGGGUUUAAGAGUAGAAGAUGGUGAGAAAACCAAAAUAGUAGAUAGUAUACCUAGUGUUCUGAGAGAAUAUCUGUUUACUGUUAGAUUAUUUGGUGAAGGAUUUACUGAGACAACAGAAAUUGCAUUUACACAUAUACCAGCUGAUUAUGGUACUCAAUGUAUAUUCCUUCUGCCCGGAGAACAUAAGGUUAAGGAGAUUACAGAAGAUUCAGCACUUUUCGAAAUAAUAGCACCAGCAUUAUCUGACGACAACAAUUUCUAUAUCUGCGCACGUAACGCCAACGGUUCAUUCUACCACCAGGGCAGUGAGAGAUGGAAGAUUCUAGCAAUUCACGAUAAACUGCUCCCACUCUGGGCAUCUUUGAUCCUUAUCGUCAUCCUCUUGUUAUUAGCUUCUCUCUUCUCCGGUCUUAACCUCGGUCUUAUGGCGUUAGACAGAACUGAACUGAAGAUUAUUGCUAAUACAGGAACUGAAAAAGAAAGGAAAUAUGCUCGAGCUAUAAUGCCAGUACGAGCUCAUGGAAAUUAUCUCCUUUGUACUAUUUUAUUGAGUAAUGUGGCAGUGAAUAGUACAUUUACUGUUAUUUUGGAUGAUUUGACGUCAGGUUUGGUGGCAGUUAUAGGUUCGACUCUGGCUAUUGUGUUUAUAGCUGAGAUAACGCCUCAAGCGAUUUGUGCAAGGCAUGGAUUAUUUAUUGGUGCGAAGAGUAUUUGGAUAAUGAAGAUUGUAAUGGGCAUUUGCGCGCCCCUAGCUUGGCCAACUAGUAAGCUCUUAGACUACUUCCUAGGUGAAGAGAUCGGUACGCACUACAAUAGAGAAAGACUAAAGGAGUUAGUUAAGGUAACUAACCAUGUAAACGAUUUGGAUAAAGAGGAAGUAAACAUCAUCUCUGGUGCUCUCGACCUUCGCAAGAAGACGGUUAAGGAUGUGAUGACGAAGCUCAAAGACUGUUACAUGCUGCCAAUAACUAGUGUACUUGACUUCGAAACUAUGUCAGAGAUCGUCAAAUCUGGUUAUUCUCGUAUCCCAGUAUACGAAGGGAACAGAGGUAAUAUAGUGACGGUGCUGUUCAUCAAAGACCUGGCAUUCGUGGACCCUGAUGAUAACACGCCGCUGAAGACGCUCUGCCAGUACUACCAGAACCCUUGUAACUUCGUCUUCGAGGACAUCACCCUUGAUAUCAUGUUGAAGCAAUUCAAAGAAGGUCACAAAGGUCAUAUGGCAUUUGUACAACGUAUUGAAGAAGGCGAUGGUGAUCCAGUGUACGAGACAGUAGGUCUGGUCACAUUAGAAGACGUGAUCGAAGAAAUGAUACAGGCUGAGAUUGUGGACGAAACUGAUGUUAUUAGUGACAACCGCACUAAGAAGAGACUAGCUCGUCCUUUGAACAAGUUCCAGGACCUGGCUUCAUUCGCUGGUCAUCAGCCGCAUCGUGUACACGUCUCGCCGCAGCUCGUACUCGCCACCUUCCAGUUCCUAAGCACCAGUGUGGACGCAUUCCGUGCGGACAUGAUAUCGGAGACUGUACUCCGUCGCUUGCUGAAGCAGGAUGUGAUCCACCACAUCAAGCUGCGCGGUGAUGAAGAUAAGAAUGAUCCCAAGAGAUACGUCUUCCAGGAGGGCAAACCGGUGGAUUACUUCGUUUUGAUACUGGAAGGUCGUGUAGAAGUGACAGUAGGUCGCGAGAACCUCGUGUUUGAAGCUGGACCUUUCACAUACUUUGGUGUUCAGGCUCUCACACAGAAUAUUGGUGUGGCGGAGACUCCAGCACCAUCAACCCUGGGCUCGCUGCAGAACCUGAACAUGGAUUCAAUGCUGCGUCACACAUUUGUACCGGAUUAUUCUGUGAGAGCCAUCGCUGAAGUAUAUUAUCUUACAAUAAAAAGAUCAUUGUAUUUGGCGGCGAAGCGAGCUACACUAAUGGAAAAGGGAGCUCUCACUAAGGGCAACACUAACGAACAGAUCGAACCUGAAGUUGACAAGUUGCUUCGUGACGGUGAUAAAAUGGAAGAAAUACCGGAAAAUGAAAAGCUUCCGAAACAGUUUCUACCAACAUCAGCCAGUCCUCAUACAAACUCCACAUUCAAGAACCAUGACAAAGAUGGCAACCCCGAAGAGGAGAAACUACUAAAGUAAUGGCAACACCGAACAAACAUUGCUUACUGUGUGUAAUAUUUUAAUUUGUACUUCAACUCUAUUAUAAUA